AUGAGGACAUCAAAGCCAAAUCUGCUCUUGUGCUUUGAUGCAUUCGGCACUUUAUUCAGCCCCAAAGGAGGAGUGGCCCAACAAUACGCCCAGGUUGCGAAACAAUGCGGCGUUACUGGCUUUAGCGAUAAGGAGCUUCAAUCUCGGUUACUGGAAGCAAUUAAAGAAGAGCGGGAGAAGAAUCCAAACUAUGGGAGGGCAACAGGAUUGGGCGCCACUCAGUGGUGGACAAAUGUCAUCCACAAAACAUUUACACCACUCAUGCGCAACAACCAGGCCCUCCCCCCUACUCUAGUCCCAAAACUACUACACCGAUUCUCUUCAAGCGAAGGCUAUCAAGCCCAGCGUGAUCUUGUCCCAGCAAUAAGAGCUUUGCGAGAGCGGAUAUCCCAACAAGGGGUUGAGCGGCUUGUCAUUGGAGUCAUCACAAAUUCCGACGAUCGGGUCCCCGAUGUCCUGUCCUCCUUUGGGCUUAACGUAAGCCCAUUACGAUACGGAAUACCUUUUGAAGCAAGCGCCCUUCAAGGGAAGCAAUAUGACAUCGACUUCCAUUGCAUGUCAUACGACGUUGGCGUGGAGAAGCCAGACAGACGGAUUUUCAACGCCGCCGAUAUUAUGCUUUCCCACAUCAUCAAAGCUCGGUAUCACGAGACUAUAAGCGAAUCCGAUCUGGAGGGUUGGCAAAAAGUAUAUGUUGGCGACGAAGUUGCCAAAGACGUCGUCGGCGCUGCUGAGGCAGGCUGGAAUCCUGUGCUUCUUGACGUUGAAGGAAAGUCAACUGAGAUAGCUAGCUUGGAGGAUAUUCCUCAACAGACUCUCAAGGAUCUCUUUGAAAACCACACUUCUGAUGGAAAUGAGAGGCAAAAAUAA